CGCAGCUGGCAGGCUGCAGGCAAACAGGAUGACGAGCGGGUGACGGGGCGCGGGGAAGGGGGAGCGUGGCUGCGGGAGCGACACCGGAGAGAAGGACCCGCGGCGAGGAGGGGAACAUCACCCACCCUCCCUGGAGCAAAGGCAAGGAGAAGACAGCGGCCAUGGUUGUGGUGAGGUUUCCCUCUAAGGGACACGCAAGAAGAGCCCUUGCUGCCCAGGCACCAGAGCUGCUGGCUUAGCCCUUGGAGGGGAUGGCAAGCCGAACGGGGCUGAACACCACGGGCAGCCCAGAGCCACUCUCCGUCCCCGAGCAGUCCACCGCCCAGGAGGUGGUGGGCCUCCUCUGCAUGGUCCUGCUCACCCUCACCGCCCUGGUGGCCAACGCCGUGGUGAUGGUCGUCAUUCUCAAAACCCCCCUUCUCAGGAAGUUCAUCUUUGUCUGCCACCUCUGUGUGGUCGACCUCCUCUCUGCCAUUUUCCUCAUGCCCCUGGGGAUCAUCUCCAGCUCGUCCUGCUUCAACAGGGUGAUAUACAGCAUUGCCGAGUGCCAGGCCUUGAUAUUCCUGAAUGUCUGCUUCAUCAGUGCCUCCAUCCUCACCAUCGCCAUCAUCAGCGUGGAGCGGUACUACUACAUCGUCCACCCCAUGAGGUAUGAGGUCAAGAUGACCAUCAGGCUGGCGGUGGCUGGAGUGAUCUUCAUUUGGGUCAAGUCUGUUCUCAUCACUGUCUUGGCACUUGUGGGCUGGCCUCAAGGCAAUGGGGCCACCAGUGCCAGCCGCUGCACAGUCUACUGGAGCCCUGGGGCCCACAAGAAAGUUUUCGUGAUCAUCUUCAGCAUCAUCUGCUUUGCUCUGCCCACCAUCAUCAUCUUUGCUGUCUACUGCAGGGUCUACCGCGUGGCCCGGAUGGCAUCCCUGCAGCACGUGCCCGUGCCGGCACAGGCGGUUGCGCCGAGACACCGAUCCAACUCCAUCGCCAGCCAAGUGACCAUCAUCACCACCAGGAACCUGCCACUGCCCAGGCUGAUGCCAGAGCGCUUUUUGGGAAGCAACAAGGCCAUCCUCACCUUGGUCCUCAUUGUGGGACAGUUCUUGUGCUGCUGGCUGCCCUUCUUCGCUUUCCACCUGCACUCCUCCGUCGCCGCUGGCACAGUGGGCAGCGGGCACGGGGAGAUGGUGGUCACCUGGAUUGCCUACUCCUCCUUUGCCAUCAAUCCCUUCUUCUAUGGGCUGCUGAACCGCCAGAUCCGGGAGGAGCUGGCCCGGCUCCGGCGCAGCUGUGCCAACCGGCCACUGGGCCAGGAGCUCUGUCUUUCUGUCUCAGAGGCUUCUGUACAGGAAAACUUCUUGCAGUUCCUCCAGAGAGCGACUUGCACGCUGGAUACCCAUGCCAGCUGCAUCAGCCCUAGUCCCAGGAACAGGCUGGACCAGACCAAGAUGGGCUUCCCCAUCCCAGGUCAAGUUCCUGAAGAGAGCAGCUGAGAAGCAGGAGGCCCUGUCCCACAGUGGUGGGCAGGAGGGUGGGCAGGGGACCUGCCAGGGACCCCUCGGGCCUGCUUGGACCCAGCCUCUUGGAUUCGGAGGGGUCCUUGUUCAGGUUUUGCCUCUUCUCUGAGCUUACGGUAGAAGAUGGUUUCUCUGCCCAGGAGAAGGCAGCAGAUCUGGGGAAGCCUCAUCUCCCUUCUCCAGGCUGGGAUUGUCUCUGGCUACACCAGCACAGCCCAGUUGCAUGGAUGGGCUCUCCUCCGGACACAGGAUGCCAUGAGGGGCAGAGGAGGGGCCACCUCCCUCUCCGUCACACCACUGAGACCACUCGUGGCCAGUGGGGAAGAGCAGAUGUCCCUUGCACCCUACUCAGGAGCAAUGGCCAAGCUAACACCACUAACACCAGUAACGCCAGGGCCCCAGGCACCUUGCUGAGCCUGGACAGCUGAUGUGGAGCCCUCUGUCUUUGGCUGUUUAACCCAAAACUAACGUCUGGGUGGAGGAGCUCCUGUCACCCGUGGUACUUAUGGGGGAACGACACCUGUGGGGCGGGCUCUGGCCGUGUCUGUGUUUCUCCCACUGGCGUGGCAGCAUGCGAUGCCCGUGGCCGAGCCCCCUGUCCCCCCCAGCUGGCAGGGGCUCCAGGGGGGACGCUGGCCGGCUGGGGGUCUGUGCCAGGCUGUUUAUGGACACAGCUGCCCAGCUAGCGGUGCCACGUGCCAGCCAAACUGGGCUGCCGGCCAGGGGUGCACUGGGGUGGACGUGGUGGCACAGGGUGGCAGCAGGGGGGUUGUGCAGGGUGCCCCCGGGGCAGUGCAGCCGGAGGGGACUGGGAGCUGAUGUUCCCCUUCAUUGCUUCUGCUGGGCUUGGGGACACUCCCAUGGGAUCCCCCAGUGCAAGAAAGGGGACUGGACCCUGUUGGGGGAUGCUGGAGGGGUACAUCACCCUCAGCCCACCCAUAAAGGUCCCAGAGUUGGUGCUGGCACAGUCAGCUGGAGAUGCUCCUGCCCCAGUAAUAACUGGGGAGGGCUGGGGGAAAACUGCCCCAUGGCCUCUCAAACUGCCCCAUGGCAGGGAGGGGGCUUUGGUAAGACCCCCAGAGAGACUGGGGCUGAGGGCCAGCACCCCCCUGGCCACAGGGACGCCCCCCCGGCCACCACCCCGUGUCCCCAGGAUCUGAGGCUGCCCCUGGGUGUUGGGGGUGUCUCCACCUAGGGUGGGGGAUAUUAUUAUUUUUUUCUUGUAAAUUUUAUCUUUUUAUUAAACCAUUGAUAAGUUACAAA